CAGGCAUUGAUCAUGGUUUUGUAGUGAGUUCGAUCACGAUUUCCUCGUCGUCUCGCUCGUCUUCGAGAGUCAACACCGUCACCCCCUCCCCCCUCUCUCACGAUCUCCCAUCGCUAGCCAUGUCUAACGAGGCGGCUGUGAAGAAGGAGAAGAAAGAGAGGAAGGAGAGGAAGGAGAAGAAGCAUGAGGUAAAGAAGGAAGCCGCAACGGAGACAGAGGACGUGGAGAUGAACCUCGCGGUGGAGGAUGAGGCGGCGCGCAAGAAGCGGGAGAAGAAGGAGAAGAAGGACCGGAAGAGGGAGGAGAAGGAGAGGAAGCGCAAGCUGGAGGAAGCAGAGAGCGCAGAGAAGCAGGAUGCCGCAGGAGAGCCAGAGAAGAGGAAAAAGAAGAAGAAGCACGGUGAGGAGGACGUGAAGGUCGAGGCCACGGAGGACGGUGCACAACCAACGAAGGAGAAGAAAAAGAAGCGCAAGCACGAGGACGUCGAGCCCACCACCUCAGCGGAAGUGGACGCGAAGGCGGAGAAGAAAUCCAAGAAGAAAGCCAAGCUUGCCGCUGCUGCGUCCUCCUCCGCCGUAGCCACCUCCACGUCUGCCUCCACCUCCUCCGCUCCCAUCACCACUACCUCCGCCCCUUCCCCCGCUGAAAUCGAGUCCUUCCUCGCUAAGCAUGCCAUCACCAUCCACACGCCCGACGGCGUCCCGCGGCCCACGCCUGUCGUGUCCUUCGCGCAACUUGCCGUGCCAGACGAGAUCAGGAAGUCGUUCAAGGGCUUCAAGGAGCCGACGCCAAUCCAGGCGUGCACAUGGCCCCCCGCGCUAGAGGGCAGGGAUGUGGUGGGGAUUGCGGAGACGGGCAGUGGCAAAACCCUCGCCUUCGGCAUCCCCUUGCUCAACCGCCUGAUCACUUCACGAUCCACGACCACUCAAUCCGCCCCCGUCACCGCCCUCGUCGUCGCCCCUACGCGCGAGCUCGCGAUUCAGACGCACGACACGCUCUCCGCGCUCGGAAAGCCCUUUGGUAUCGCCAGCGUCGCUGUGUUUGGCGGUGUGCCGAAGGAGCCGCAGGUGCGCAUGCUCCGCAACGCGAACAAGGGGAAGGACGGGAUGACCACACGGGUCGUGGUGGGCACGCCAGGGCGGAUAUUGGACCUCAUGAAUGACGGGGCGUGCGACUUGGGAAACGUCGACUACCUUGUCCUCGAUGAGGCAGACCGGAUGCUGGAUAAGGGCUUCGAGAAUGAUAUUCGGAAUAUCAUCUCGGCGACGAAACCGCUAGCGGAGAGGCAGACAUUGAUGUUCAGCGCCACCUGGCCGGACUCGGUGCGCAAGCUCGCGUCGACGUUCCAGAAUAACCCUGUCCGUGUUACGGUCGGGAGCGACGACCUGACCGCGAACAGCCGCGUCGAACAGAUCGUCGAGGUGCUCGAUGAUGGGCGGCAGAAGGAUUCCCGCCUCACCGCCCUCCUCCGCAACGCCAACCUGAAGAAGGUCGCCGCCGGCAUGGACGAGUCCCGCGUCCUCGUCUUCGCGCUCUACAAAAAGGAGUGCUCGCGCGUUGAGCAGAACCUCCGCCGCCAGGGCUUCUCCGUCGGCGGCCUCUCCGGCGACAUGUCCCAGUCCGCGCGCAUCGAGGCACUCGAGGCGUUCAAGACGGGGAAGACGAACCUACUGGUGGCGACGGAUGUCGCUGCGAGGGGUUUGGAUAUCGCAAAUGUAGGCCUGGUGGUGAACUACACGUUCCCGCUGACGAUCGAGGACUACAUCCAUCGAAUCGGGCGAACGGGUCGCGGCGGCAAGUCCGGAAAGUCGAUCACGUUCUUCACGGGCGAGGGGCACGAGCGCGCGCUGGCCGGCGAGCUUGCGCGCGUGCUGCACGACAGCGGCUUCGAGUGCGAGGGACUGAAAAAAUUCCCGAUGACGAUCAAAAAGAAGGAGCACAGCGUGUACGGCGCUUUCUACCGGGACGAUAUACAGAUGCCUAAGGCGCCGACCAAGUUGACGUUCACAUAAGAGUUUGAUAUGGAUGGGAAGGACCCAUUGUAGACGCGUUGUUGUUAUGGUAUAUCUGACUGUUGUACGCUUGCCUAAUCUAUGCUCGCACUUCCACAGAAGUUGAUAUUGGAUGACCUGUAUCCUUUAUUCAUCGAGUUGCAGCUGUGCAAAAAUUGUCCACGGC